GCGAAGGAGCCGCCCCUUCCCAGCAGGCGGGCUCUACGGGACAGGGAGGGGAGAGGCUGAGAUGGGACUCUGGCCGGCCCCGCACACCGCCGAGCGCCCGCGCCAUGGCUCGCAACUUUGAGCUCCUCUUUGACUCCCUGGGACACUUCGGCAGAUAUCAGGCAUGGGUUUAUUUUGCAUCUGUUUUUCAAUCUAUUUCUUGUGGCAUCCACUACUUGGCUUCUGUCUUCUUGGCUGUUACACCAAAGUUCAUAUGCAGUGUCCCUGGAAACGUGAGUAGUGUUCUGAUUUAUAAUUCAUCUACUUCAAGAAUAGAGGAUGCCUGGGCACUUUGGACAUCAACACAACACUACAUCUUGGUCCAGCUGGAAAAUGGAGAUGUUUGGGAACUUAAUCAGUGCAGCAGGUCCAAACGAGAGGACACUUCAAAUUUUACUUACGAAUACAGUGGUAACAAGACGGAUGUUCCAUGCACUGAUGGGUUCAUCUAUGACCAGACCAAAUGGCAGAGCACCAUCGUGACAGAGUGGGAUUUGGUCUGUCAGCGGGAAUGGCUUGCAAAACUCACCCAGCCCACAUUCAUGUUGGGAGUCCUUUUUGGAGCUGUGAUCUUUGGAGAUAUUGCUGACAGGAUGGGGAGACGGCCCGUCAUGUGGUUCACCAGCACUGGCCAGUUUAUAUUUGGCAUUGCAGUGGCAUUCACAUUUGACUACACAAGCUUUGUGAUUGUCCGUUUCCUGCUUGCAAUGGUUUCAAGUGGCUAUCUGGUUGUAGUGUUUGUGUAUGUGACUGAAUAUAUUGGCAUAAAGGCUCGCACGUGGGCAUCCAUGCACGUCCAUGCGUUUUUUGCACUGGGGAUUAUGGUUGUGGCUCUGGUAGGCUACUUGGCCCCGACCUGGUGGGUCUACCAGAUAUGCCUUUCCGUAACAACUCUCCCCUUUGUCUUGUGCUGUUGGAUGCUCCCAGAGACACCCUUCUGGCUGCUCACAGAGGGAAGAUACGAAGAAGCACAAAAAGUAAUUAAUGUAAUGGCAAGAUGGAAUAAAGUAAGCACUCCUUGUAAAAUUUCUGAACUGUGUUCCGCCCAAGAUGAUCUAGUCAGUAGCAGAACGGGUGAUAAUGACAUUUCUCCCGUGAAGAAGCACAACAUCUUAGAUCUGUUUCAUAACUGGCACAUUGCAAGAAGGACCAUUACAGUCUGGCUGAUUUGGUUCACUGGGAGUUUAGGAUAUUAUGUGUUCUCCCUCAGUUCCGUGAACCUUGGAGGCAAUGAAUAUUUAAAUCUAUUUCUCAUAGGUGCUGUGGAGCUUCCUGCCUAUGUCCUCGCUUGCAUAGGAAUGGACAAACUGGGACGAAGGAACACAUUGAUCCCAUUCCUCAUCUCCAGUGCAGUGAUCUGUGCUCUAGUAAUGUUGAUACCUCAGGAUUACAGUGUUCUAGUUAUUGCAGCAAAUAUGGCUGGAAAGUUUGCAAUAGGUGUUGCAUUUGGCCUUAUCUACCUGUAUACGGCAGAGCUAUAUCCAACAGUUGCACGGACCCUUGCAGUGGGCAGCGGGAGCAUGAUGUGCCGGGUAGGGAGCGUGGUAGCCCCUUUCUGUGUUUAUCUGUCAAGUGUUUGGAUCUUUAUGCCACAGCUGAUUGUAGGAGUCAUGGCCUUUCUGAGUGGAAUGCUAACCCUGAUGCUGCCAGAAACUCUUGGGAAGCCAUUGACAAAUACGUGGGCAGAACUCAUUGAGCAUGUGGGAAAAGACAGUGGCUCAGAAAAGCACCUCCCAGCAUCUCAGGAUGGUGCAGCACGGGAGAAGAUUGAGAUGCUGAACAAAGAGGCACACUGCACUGACGGAUAAGAUUUUUUAAAAAGCUAUUAUGUGCUGUGUUGUGCUCCUUCGUUUGCAAUAUCCACUGGUUAGUACAUGUUCCUUGUAAUCUGUACACCCUCUUGCCCUCUUAUCAUGGAGACAAGAAUUAGAGCUUGUAGAACAUAUUUUGAAGCUGUUCUGAAGCACCUUGUUAACAUAUGAAGUGAGUAAUGUUAAUUCAAAGAAAUAUGUUUUUCUGAUACUGAUUUUAAAAGUCCACCUCUAGUUUCUUUCUCAGAUUUCCUGCUGCAUUCAUUGUCACUUCAAAAUCCCCUGUCAAUAACGUUUGAAUUGCCAAGUGCAAGCACAACAAAUCAUGAAUUGGUAUUGUUACAUUCUCGGACAUUUAGACAAUGUUUACACAGGAGGAAAACUCUCAAAUAAUUGUAGUGAUUUCUUAAUAAACUGAACUUGCCAAUCUAGGUUUUCUAAGCUUUUGUCUCAUUUCUUAGCAAUGCCAUCCAUUUAAAAAGAGAAGCCACCCCAUGGCUUCUAAUGGAGACAGUCAACAUUUGUAAGUUGCAUAGACAGCAUGCAUGCUCAUUGAAUGUUAAAGGAAUUAUGUGUGACUGAAACAAAAUAUUGGUAGCUGUCUGUAGCAAUGUCUCUGUAGCACAGAUAAAAUCAGGUUGUCUUAAAAAUUGGAGUGCCAUUUUUAUUUCAUUCCUUCCCUUUAUUUCAGUUGCAAUCUAACUCUUUCAAUCUUUAACAGGGAUCUUCAAGGGGGGGGGGAGAGAAGUGGCAUGAAACUAAAUGUGUGUACAUGCCCUGUGACUUACUACAAACCUGAGGAUAAUCCAGGAUACAUUUUCACUCAGCUCAUAUAAGUGUCAUCAUCUUAAGUGUGCUGUAAGAAUAAAAUGUCUUUGUAUGCCUGAAGGCCAGAAACAUCUGUGAACAAAACUACAGAAGGAUGUUGUAUACAGAAUAUUGGCUCUUUGGGAGAAAAUAACAGUUCUGGAGCCAAUUGUCAGUGUGAAAAUGGCAUAAGGGAAAGAGUUAACUAUUGUCCCAAUCUGGAAAGGCCCUCCCUCAUUGCUGCUUUUUUUUAUUAAUAAAAAGGAAUGAUAGCUCUUAAGCUUGCUAAUUUCUUUUUUAAAUGGCUAAAGUAACAUGUAGUUUUGACCCUGGGGAGUUUCUUUACCACCCUCAGUUAAAACUAAGGACAUGUGCUUGACUGCUUUGCAGAGCAGAGGCUGGGGUCACCAGACCACAGGUCUUUUGCUGGAUGUGUUCUGCAUAUGCAUACUGUAUGUUUAUACAUACAGUACUACCGUAAGCUUUUAAAAAAUAUGUGUUGAGUCUUCAGAACAAAGCUUUUUGGCUAUUCUUCAACCUUUUAUCUUACGUUUACCCCUGCAAGCUCUCUCACAAUUAAUUUCUGUUCCUGCUGGAAAUGCAACUUUCCCAGCCUUUUUAUCAAAGAAAGCAGUUUGAGGGGAAUCAGCUGCUACAAUCUCAGCCUUUGGUUUCCACAAUGAUUCCCCUGUGGCUUCAGAGGGAAGGGCCUUGCCAAGCCCCCUUUGUCCUCCUCCUCUACCUCCCCACUUUUAACUUUCUCCUGUGUUCAGAUCUCCUUGGCCUCUCCCUUCCUCUUCCUCUGGCUCCCCAGCUGUGCCCUGUUGCUCUUUCCUUUCUUUGUAGUCUCAUUUUCUCAGCAAAGCAUCCUGGCACAUCUGUCCCAAGUUUCAACAAGGCCACCUCCUGCCAUUGCCUUCUGAUCACCCAUCCUAGAGGUACAGGCAUCCACCUCACAAGGGCCUGUCAGUUCCCAGAGCCAGGCUUUCAGCUUGCUAGCAACUCCUUCACAUUCUGAACCUCUAGCAGCUGCUUGCAAGCUUCUUGUUCAUGGGUGUUUCACUCUGCAGGGAAGCAAGUGGCCUAAGGUAAAGUUAGCAAAGAAGCAGAAACCCUUGUGUGAAACCACUAAAGCUCGGCUGUACAAAAUGUAUGCUACAACAUAUUUCUGAGGCAGCAUUAAAGGAAACACUUACUUCCUCUGAGGCAGCAAACUCUAAUAUUGAGACCACUAGGCAGUGGUUCCUAAUUAGCUAAGUACUGCAUGACCCCCCCCCCACUCUUGAAAAUUUUGAUCUCUCUAUGGUAGUUGUCGUUAGAUGAAUAGUGCUACUGAACCCCUGGGUAGGUUAUGCAGACCCCCUGGGGUCCAUGGCCCACCAAUUGGGAGCCACUGCCCUAGAAAACACUUUGACUUCCUACCCACCAACACCCCCUUCUCCCUCCCUGAUUCUUGAACCCUCCUGACUCAAGUUAUUGAGACUCGCCAUUUCUCAUAUGCCCCAUUUUGUCCGUGUCAGCCCUUUCAAAGGCUAGGGGAUAAAGACUGUGGUUCUGGAAAGGUGUGUGUGUAGGCGAACAAUAUACAGUUUCUUAUUUUAACAACAGAAAUCUUUGGCACCCUCAGUUAUCCUUGGGUGCAACAUGUAUUGUCCUGCCUUGGUACUUGGGCUGGACCUUAAUAACAACAACAAUUUUAUUAUUUCUAUCCCACCCAUCUGGCUGGGUUGCCCCUUCUAGACGUUGUACUACAACUCACAUCAUUUCUGACCACUGGCUUUGCUGGUUGAGGUCGAUAGGAGUCCAACAACGUCUGGAGGGCCAUGGGUGCCCUACCCUUGAAAUAAAUGUUUCACGACUGGCAGGGCAGUUCAUUUGUGCCACCAUGUGUUCUCAGCAGCAAAGGUGAAAGCCAAAGAACAGCAAGAAAAACAAGAGGCAGUGUAACAAAACAGACAACCACUCCCACAUUGUUCUGAGCGACCCUAUUGCCAUCCACCAAUCAUAAUGUUGGUGGUGAAUGACGUCCCCACAUUAGACAAGCAAUUAGGCCAUUAAUCAAUGUGUGAUGAUAAAAUGUCUUGAUGACGUCACUAAAUGCAAUGCUCACACCUCUCCCUAUGCCAUAGCUGCCAAGUUUUCCCUUUUCUCGUGAGAAAGCCUAUUCAGCAUAAUGGAAAAUCCCUUUUAAAAAGGGAUAACUUGGCAGCUAUGCUAUGCACAAUGCAUUAGUGUUAAGUCAGAAAGAAGUGCUCUCAGUGCUUCCCCCUGUAAAGACUACUGUGAGACAACCAGCAGGAAAGCACCAACAAACACUGGCAGCCAUGUUGUUGUUGUUGUUUAGUCGUUUAGUCGUGUCCGACUCUUCGUGACCCCAUGGACCAUAGCACGCCAGGCACUCCUGUCUUCCACUGCCUCCCGUAGUUUGGUCAAACUCAUGUUCGUAGCUUCGAGAACACUGUCCAACCAUCUUGUCCUCUGUCGUCCCCUUCUCCUAGUGCCCUCAAUCUUUCCCAACAUCAGGGUCUUUUCCAAGGAUUCUUCUCUUCUCAUGAGGUGGCCAAAGUAUUGGAGCCUCAGCUUCAGGAUCUGUCCUUCCAGUGAGCACUCAGGGCUGAUUUCCUUCAGAAUGGAGAGGUUUGAUCUUCUUGCAGUCCAUGGGACUCUCAAGAGUCUCCUCCAGCACCAUAAUUCAAAAGCAUCAAUUAUUCGGCGAUCAGCCUUCUUUAUGGUCCAGCUCUCACUUCCAUACAUCACUACUGGGAAAACCAUAGCUUUAACUAUACGUACCUUUGUCGGCAAGGUGAUGUCUCUGCUUUUUAAGAUGCUGUCUAGGUUUGUCAUUGCUUUUCUCCCAAGAAGCAGGCGUCUUUUAAU